GCAUCAUCACUCUUGCCGAGGCGCAGAAACGAACGCCGGCUUAUACUACCCCCCUUUUCUGUGUCCGCCACUGCCGCCGAAUCAUGACCAGUUCUUCGGGUCCUUCUCGCAAGUCUCUGAGCAAGAUCGCGUGCAACAGGCUCCAGAAGGAACUGGCGGAGUGGCAGGUGAGCCCUCCGGCCGGCUUCAAGCACAAGGUCACCGAUAACCUCCAAAGAUGGGUCAUUGAAGUGGUUGGGGCGCCGGGGACUCUGUAUGCGAAUGAGACGUACCAGCUUCAGGUCGAUUUUCCGGAGCAUUACCCCAUGGAAGCCCCUCAAGUCAUAUUUCUUCAUCCUGCGCCUCUUCAUCCGCACAUCUAUAGCAACGGCCAUAUCUGUUUAGAUAUACUAUACGAUUCUUGGUCACCGGCAAUGACUGUCAGCUCGGUUUGCAUCAGCAUUCUGUCCAUGUUAUCAAGCUCAGCUGUUAAGCAACGUCCUGCUGAUAACGACCGCUACGUGAAGAACUGCAGGAAUGGUAAGUCUCCAAAGGAGACUAGAUGGUGGUUCCAUGAUGACAAAGUAUGAUAACUGGUACUAAUGCUUCUCCUGUACCAUAUUUGACCACCCUUCUGAACUACCUGUCAUACUCCAUUUCCUAUAACAUAGGAGUAUCAGGUGAUCUAAAAUCAGGGGUUUAUAAGCUUACCAGUGUCAUGCUAUAGUAUAUUUGUAAAGGAAACAGUAAUAUUGAUCUUGACAUAUUAUGAGGACCAGAAGUACGUGGCCAACUUUUUUGGUCAAACAAUUGUGAAGUUAAUUUGAACUCCAUUCCUAAUGGAAUUACUUUUGGCACCA